AAUAUUGUGCGAAGAUUCACAGUAGAAACAUUCAUUAUGUCAUCACCAACAUAAAUAAUUUGGAGAAAAACGAAUAGCGGCUUGUCUGUUUCUGGGGAAGCUCUUCUUAUGGGACUUCCGGCGGAAGUACACAGCAGGGUGCUAGCAGCGUUAGCUUCUGGGGUUUUUUCUCUUUAUAGUCGCUAAGAAGACGGUUUUCUUGUGUGAAAAGACAUUACUUCACCAGAGAGCGACUAAAUGCUGCUACCGGAGAAAUAUUCAACUGCAGGAAGAGAUCGAUAAUUAGCUGAGACUGCAGGAUAAAAGCUGGAAAACCCCAAACAUCUGGGAACCUCCAGAGUUGCUAUUAUUAGCAAGAUGUUCUUGCUAAUCAGACCAAAACAAAAUGUCUAAUCUGGACCAGAGGGAAACUGAAUCUCUAUAAACUGAAGGGAGAGCAGAAAACCUGGAACAAACUAGUUAAAGACGAGGUGCUUGGAUCAGAACCUCUGCAGUUUGUAAAGGUAGAAGAUGAGAUGUGGAUAUCUUAGUUACAUCAUCUUUUGAAAACAAAGAACCAGUAGAACCAGAACUGCAACAAUGAGUGGAAAUGAUUGUCAGUCAGAAUCUCAGCAACUGGUUAAGAUUGAGGCUGGAGGCAUCAGUCCAGAUGACAACCAGGAUGUACCAAAGCAGGAGACGGAUAUCAUAAUGGAAACUGUUUCCGGAUCGCUUGAAAUCAAAGAAGAACCAGUGGAAUUGGAACUGGAACAAAGGAAGGAAGAUGAUUGUCAAUUGGGAUCUCAACAGAAGGUAAAGGCUGAGGCUGAAGGCAUCAGUCAAGAUGACAACCAGGAGGGAUUUAAGCAGGAGAUUAGUACCGUAAUGAUUGCCGACUCUGGAUCUCUUCAGAUCAAAGGGGAACCAGGAGAACGAGAUCCUGAACAUUUGAAGGAAGAGGACGACGGAUCAGGACCUCAGCAGGGAAAGAAAGAGGCUGAUAACAUUACACAGGAAGUAGUGAAGCAGGAGAAUGACACCCUAACAGCUUCUGGAGAUGAAUCAGAAUACCAACAACCUGAACUGAAUGGAAAAAAUAUCCUGUAUCAGAUCAUCACUAAAGCAGAGCAACAUCAGGAUCUAAAAGCUGAGAAAGAUUCAGCAUCCAGCAGAAAUGAACAGCAACAGAAGAGAGCUCAGAAAAGCAGAGAUCAAUGUGAUGAUGAAGAGAAAUUAAUACAGGACAAGAAGAUUGACAAAGUAAAUAAAUGCCAACAAUGUAGAGUUUGUGGUAGAAAUUUUAACCGGAAAGAGCUUUUAAUGGUUCACAUGCAAACUCACACAGGUGAGAAACCUUUCUCAUGUAUAACCUGUAAGAGGAGUUUUAAUUGCAAAGAUAAUUUGAAUAUCCAUAUUAGAACUCACACAGGUGAGAAACCUUUCUUGUGUCUAAAAUGUGGGAGGAGUUUUACUUCCAAAAGUAGUUUGAAUGGCCAUGUAAGAUCUCAAACAGGUGACAAGCCAUUCUCAUGUAAAAUCUGUGGAAAAUUUUUAUGUAGUUUCAAUAGUUUGAAAAUUCACAUGAGAACUCACACAGUUGAAAAGCCUUUUUCAUGUAUGACCUGUGGAAAAGGGUUUCAAUGGAAAAGUAGCUUGUAUAUUCACAUGAGAAGUCAUACUGGUGAGAAUCCAUUCACAUGUAUAACUUGUAGAAAGGUUUUCACCAAAAAAUAUAGUUUGUAUAUUCACAUGAGAACUCACACAGGUGAGAAACCUUUCUUAUGUAUAACUUGUGGAAAAUCUUUCAGUAGAAAAAAUAGUUUGAAUAGGCACAUGAGAACUCACACAGUUGAGAAGCCUUUUUCAUGUAUUGACUGUGGAAAAAGUUUCAAAUGGAGAAGUGGUUUGAGUUACCACAUGAGAACACAUCCAGGUGAAAAGUCUUUCAUGUGUAUAACCUGUGGAAAAGGCUUCACUGAAAAAUCUAAUUUUGAUAUCCACAUGAAAAGUCACUCAGGUGACAGCCCGUUCUCAUGUCUAACCUGUGGGAAAACCUUUAGUAGAAAACAUACUUUGAAAAGGCACAUGAGAACUCAUGCCAAAGUUCCUGUUUAAUCUUUAACUUCCCUUCUGUGACUUAAGGUAACAUUUUUAGCCAAAUAAGUAGUUAAAAUACUGCGUAGAAGUGGAGAAAACACUCGUCUAAAGUGAAAUUUAAAAGUGGGGCUGUUAUCAGGUUUAAAAGGGAGAUUGUCUGGGGCGUGCUCUCCGGUGGUGUAGAUGUUAGCACGCCCCACGUUUGGAGGCCUUCAGUCCUCGACGCGGCCGUCGCGGGUUCGAUUCCCUGACGACAUUUGCCACAUGUCUUCCCUCUUCUCCUUCCCCCGUUCCUGUCAGCCUACUGUGGUAUAAGGGACACUAGAGCCCACAAAAAGACCCCCUGGUGGGAAAAAAAAAAAGGGAGAUAGUCACAGUUAGUUGUAAAACCUCUAAACCAACUUUUCAUGCGGACUCAUUUUUAUAGUCGGCUCAAACUGGCCCCUUGUCUCUUUGGGAGACGUCUGAGAACAGCUGGCUGUCCCUGGGAUGUUUGUCUAAAUGACAAAGGGAAGUUAAAACUGCUGCUGUGAUGUUUUUUUAAUCUUUUCUUUGUUUUUGAACUUUUGUUUCUUAAUCAGAUGUAACACCUUGGUGUGUUUUGUUUUAAAAUAUUGAUUAUUAAUGUUUAAUCUUAAUGUUUUUAUGUUUGUGUGGAUGUGUAGCUUAAUGAGAAUAUAAACAAUUGGAGAAUAGAAAAUAAAGUUUUAUUUGGUUCUUUUCAGCAGGUUGACAGUUUCUCUCAGGAAGCUUUAAUGAUUAAUUAUGGGAUGGUUUCUGAAUGAUGAACUGUAACAAAUGAUCACAAUAAAUAUUUUUGUUCUGUUUUCCCACAGAUUGUAUUGAAAUGAUUCAUUGUGUGAAAUAAUAAAAAGGUGCAUUUAAUUAUCCUGAAACCAGAGAUUUACUCUGGAAUCUGGCAGAAAAAAAACUGACAUUUCUGGGCUUCAAAAGUUGAAAUUUUGCUAGAGUGGAACAACUUCUGAUUAUUGGUGGGGAUAAAACCAGUUAUCAAGGAUGAGAAAUAUGAAUUGAAUUCCUGCUUGGUGUGCAGGAAUUAAACCUAAAAGCAUGUUUGGUUGGUUCAAUUGAAAAAAGAAGCUUUCUUUUCAGAGAAUAGUUUUACACAAGCUCUAACUGACUAACUCCAAGAUCACUAAGCCU